CGUUAUCAACCUAUAAUCUGUGGUCCAUAGAAAUGGCAGCACACAGUCUAUCAUCAAUUCAAUCCUCAGUAGUGUCUGAACCCCCAUCAUCUAUUGGAAAAAAACAAGGCUAUGAUGUAACAUUCAAGAAACGUCCGAUAGCAGAGUUUUUCUGUGGAUUGUGUCAGUUUGCGUUGAGGUGGCCUUUGCAAGCAACAUGUGGCUGCAGGUUUUGCAAAGGUUGCAUUCAUCGUUAUGCAGAACGUGCAGAAUCAGAGCAAUUCCUCUGUCCCAGCUGCAAGGAAGAGGAAAUCUCUAUAAACGGAAUGAAUCCGGAUCAUUUUGCCCGAAAAAAGAUUGAUAAUAUGGUAAUAUUCUGUCCCAACAAGUCAAGCGGAUGCGGAGAUGAGUUUAUGUUGAAGGAGUUAAAAUCUCAUCUCGAGCAGUGCCCCUUCGAGGUGGUUGAGUGCAUGCAUAAAGAGCGUGGAUGCGUUGCGAAAAUGGCCCGUCGUGACUAUAUGAACCAUCUGAAGAUAGAUUGUCACUUUCGUGUCGUAACAUGUGACCACUGUGGAGAGGAGAUCACGAUGCAAGAUAGAAAGAUGCAAGACCACUUGAAAAAUGAUUGUGCUAAGCAAUCAUCCCUUUGCAAUUUUUCCAGUUAUGGUUGCAAAUUUAGGGGUUUUCCUAUCGAUAUGAAAAAGCACAUGGCUGAGGACUCCGAUCGUCAUAUGGAGAUGGUGACUAAGUACACUGCACAGCUGGAGUUGAAAUACACUGAAUCAAUGCGCAUGGUGAGUGAACAACAGAGCAAGAUGAACCUGAUGGAGAGAAAACAGGAGGAAACUGAAAAAGAACUAAAAACACUCAAAGAGAAAAGCCUUAAGAAUGAGAAGCAGCUUCAGAAUCUGCAGAGAAUGAUCGCGAGUCGGUUGGAUGUCAUUACCGACUUAGAGAAGAAAGUUGCUGCAGCAUCAAACAAAGACGACAUCUCUGAAAUAAGGGCACUCUUGAUCACUGAGCAAGAUGCAGUUAAGGACAUUAGACAAAAACUUCAAAUGAUGGAAGAUUCUCGUUUUGUGGGUGUAUCUGUCACAGGAGCAUCUGGUGGUAUUGGUGCUGCACAGUUAAAUAACUUCCAUAGCCGAAUCACCACUCUCGAUAAAGAUGUUGGGCUUCAUUCCGUUCGCUUGGCGGAACAGGAUCUGAGAUUCCAAAUUUUGGAGACCGCAAGCUAUGAUGGCGUGCUCAUCUGGAAAAUAAAGGAUUUUCAACGUCGUAAGCGGGAUGCAGAUUCUGGCAAAACUUUGUCGCUGUACAGCCAGCCUUUCUAUACAAGCCGCUUUGGUUAUAAGAUGUGCGCCAGAGUGUAUCUCAACGGAGAUGGUAUGGGAAAGAAUUCACACGUUUCUCUCUUCUUCGUUGUCAUGAAGGGAGACUAUGAUGCACUUCUUCCUUGGCCAUUCAGACAAAAGGUUACAUUGAUGCUUCUCGACCAAGAAACUGCUCGCCGCCAUCUGUCCGACUCAUUCCGCCCGGAUCCAGCGAGCAGCAGUUUCAAGCGCCCUGCUACAGACAUGAAUAUUGCAUCUGGCUGCCCACUAUUUGUGGCACAGUCUGUAUUGCAAGACAGUAUCUACGUGAAAGAUGAUACGGUUUUUUUCAAAAUAAUUGUCGAUACUUCCGAUUUGUUCGUGUAGACCUUGUUAUGGACGGUGUGACAAAAAAAGGUAAUCUACUUGGAAUUUAUGGAUUCAAAUACAAAGAUUUUCGAGUUCACUUGGUAAGUAUCAUAGAAUUUGAAUCUAUAAGAUUUCAGUGGAUUGAACCAUUUUGGUUAUCUACAUGUGAUGCUAAUAAUAUUGGAUAUUAUAUGAUAUUUAUUUAUGAUGAUUUUCCAAAUUAUUAUCAAGAGCGAAUUACUUGACGUUUUGUCAACAUUUUACUAGGAAAAGAGAAGUGACAGUAGAAAUGUAAAUUAUACAAUAGAAAUACAAAUUUUUUUUCUGGUAGAUGUACAUAAGUAGAGUAGAAAAAAUAGUUAUUUACUAAGCUAAAUUGCUUAUCUUGAAGGAUCAUAUAAGUUACAAACAUUUCAUUAAUGAAAUAAAAAAAAAAUCAUUCUUAAAACUUUUUCCUCUGCUAUUUUAUUGAGGAAUAAAUUCUAAUUUUAUAGAAUUCAUUAAUAAAUAAUAUCUAUAAAUUCUAAUCUAUAACAACAUAUGUAUCACUCAAACAGUUAACGAUUAAUAUUACAGUAACCUACACCACACAAUACAAAAUAAUAGGCACUAGA